AUGCGUAACGUCCUCCUUCUCUUCGCCGUCCUCGCGGCGUGCGCGCUCUUCGCGCCGUCCGCCGACGCGCAGCAGAUCAUGCAAGCGCCGUUGGACGCGCCCUCCGACGCGCCUCUGUUCGCGGGAGGCAAGGACGUGUUCGGAAGGACCCCGCGAUGCCGCGCGUGUCACGCGAUCGUGAACGCGCUUCACAUGAGGCUCACGCCGCGGCUCGAGGAGCUCAAGCGGAAAGAGGAGAAGCGAAAGUUGGGCACCGGGAGCGCGGCGAGGAAGAUCGAGUACGGCGUCUACGGAGACCUGAUCGAGACCCAGGUCGGGUCCGUGUGCUCCGCGGGGGACCUGUGGCGGGACCGCGUCGUUCGAAAGGAGUGCGAGAAGAUCAUGAACCACGAGGACGAGAUCGUCGGGAUCUACAACAAGUGGCUGAAGAAAGGCGCGCCGGGGAAGGGCGAGGGCGGGUGGAACUGGAACUGGGAGAUGUGCCACAGAGCCACGGAGGCGUGCCCGGAGGAGCUCGCGAUGCACGAGCUCGAGGAGUUCGACGACGACGGCGCCGGCGAGGCGUCGGAGCGGCGGUACCGCUCCGAGCAGACGCCCGAGCGCGGGCACGAGACGGACGGGAUGCUCACCGUCACCGCGGGGUCGUACUACGACGUCGUCGUCAAGGACCCCGCGGUGAACUUCCUCGUGUACACCGCGUUCCCGGACCCGGACGGCGAGCACGCGGAGUUCCACGCGUCGAUCGCGCCCGCGCUCGCGGCGACGCAAAAACUCUUCGACGACGCCGGGCUCGGAGACGUCUUCAAGAUCGGGAUGGUGAACGCGGACAACAACGACGUCCCGCCGCCGUACGGGAUGGUGACGAAGACCCCGAGCGUGUGUUUGUACCCCGCGAACAACAAAGGAUGGCCGCGGUAUAACACGGAGUUGAACGACGGUCGGUUGACGCCGUUCGACGUGUUGUUCUUCGUCGGAAACACCGCGAGCGAGACGGUGGCGGCGAAGGCGCGCGAGCUCAUGAAGACGACGCCGGACGACGUGUUGCGUCGCAAGUCGUGGGAUCACGACGAGCUGUAG